UUAAACAGUUUGGUCCUUCAAAAUAAAAUAAAACCUGCAAUGUCUAAAUUAAAUCAUGCAGCUUCAUCAGAAAUGUUGUGUUGUUGGUUGCAGUUAUUUUUUUCUUCAAUUUGUUGGGAAAAAAGAUCUUUUCUCCCAAUAAUUUAACAAAAAAUUGAGUUUUGAUGCCAUUUCUUGCUCUUUUUUUUCACUGAUUUGACUACAGUCAUUUUGCUGAGUCAUUUCUGCUUUUAAAGGAUUUUUUUUUUCACAGGCAGAAGCAAACAGCUCAGUGUUUUUAAAGUUCUCUGAUGCAGCCGUCCUGCUGGUUGUCGGGGUAAUGAGUGAAAAGGGUUUUGUACCGCAGCGUCUGUUCGUCAUUCUGAAGUUCAGAUUAGGUUUGCACUCGUCUACCUCCUCCUCCUUCUCCUUCUCCUUCUCCUCCUCCUCUUCAUCUAUCUGUCCAAAAAAUCAGCAGGAGGUCCAGUAACCUGAAAAUAGAAAUUCUUGCUACUUUCCUCCCUCUGUGCUCAGUAGAGGUGGGCGUCUUCUCCCCCCAGAAAUACAUUUUUAUUUUGCUUUAAUGUCUGAAGGUGUUUUUUUUCUUUAGGAUUUCUGUACUGUUUCUCAUUCAUGCCACAGCUUUUUAUCCUUUUGCAGCUUUUUAAAGACAUGUUGCUCCCCUUAAAUUCUAAAUUAUGUUUUAUUUUAUUUGUUUAUUGUGUUUUAUUAUGAAUCAAAUCUGGAUGCACGAUCAUUUCAUUCAGUUUUUCUUUACAUUUUAGUAAAGAACAGUCUUGCCUCGGUUUAUUAUGUGUGUUUUUAUGAGUAUUUUUUGAAUGUAAGAUCUGUUCCCUCUCUGGGGUUUUUGGGAGCUCAUGUGUGGUCAGGUUGAGUUUGUGGCCAGAGGCCUGUCACACAAAUUCUUUUUCAUUCGCUCGGAGAAAGAAAGAGAGAGUGAAACAAAAAAGUGAGAGUGAAAGAGUGAGUCUGAGGGGAGGGGAGGAGAAAUCCAGGAGACAUUUGGAGUUGAGUGGACGAGCACAGACAAUCCCUGGCACAUGUAGUCCUCCCCUUUGGGAUCCCUUUUUGUUCCAUUCAGUGCAGCCACCCUGCCCCACCCUGUGGCCCCUCUGGAGGGGGUGCUCCCUCUAUAAAAGCCUGGUUUGUCCCCUGAACAGGCUUAUUCCUGACCAUGGAGAGCCAGAGAGUCCAGUCCACGUACAGGAAACGUUUCGGGCCUCACAGCUCCAGCAGCACCGGAUCCAGAAUCGGGGGUCUGCCUUCCCAUCGCCUCUCCUGGCAUGGCACCCCUCGGACCCUCACCCACUCCAGCCCCGUGUCCCGGAUCUCCCUGGGCUCGUCCAGCACGGCCCUGCUGCUGGGCAGCCCCGUGGACAGGCUGGACUUCUCGGCGGACACCCUGCUGAAGGCCCAGUACAAGGAGACGCGCACCAACGAGAAGGUGGAGAUGAUGGGCCUGAARGACCGCUUCGCCAGCUACAUCGAGAAGGUGCGCCUGCUGGAGCAGCAGAACAAGGUCCUGGUGGCCGAGCUGAACCAGCUGAAGGGGAAGGAGCCCAGCCGCCUGGGGGACAUCUACCAGGAGGAGCUGAGAGACCUGAGGCGCCAGGUGGACGGGCUGGUCAACGGCAAGGCCCGGCUGGAGGUGGAGCGGGACAACCUGGCUGCAGACCUGGAGAAGCUGAAGCAGAG